GGGGGAGGGAGCUUGCCGCACUGAUCUCUGUUUGCAGCAUCCCUGGAGCAGCCUCUGCUGUGUGAAAUUCAAGAAAGGGCAAGACGGGGGUAGUAGAUCCUCGGAGGCUAUUGGAGAACAGGAAAGGGAUCUCUUGCAGGCUGCAGGGGUCGGGUUACUUCAGUAUGUGGAGUCCAUCUUUGGAGAAAAUGGCUCUUUUGUCAAUGUAAACAGCCUGUGCAGUACCUGCAUUGCUAAAGGGGGGAAGCAGAAGAGGAGGAGGAGGAGGGGCAGACACUGGAGGAAAUGCUACCUCUUCCAAUGAAAAUUUCCCUUCUCUAGCCGGCCCCGGCGUGCUGCAGCUCACUUCCGAACUCAUGCAUGACACACGUUAAGGAUGUGUGCAGUACGUCUGUGUGGGGGCGGGAGGCACAUGUACCGAGUCUUGGAUGCAGCGGAUAUUUUUGGAGUCGCUCUGUUUGACUCUGUCGUUUGAACGCACCACCAACUACUUUUCCUCACAGUGCACGUUACAGUUUGCGUGUUUAAGGUUUUAUUCUCCAGAUCAGACAGCCAAAGGUUCAUGAAUGGUUCCGCGGACCCCAGACCAGAGGGACGACCUCAAUGUCGACCAUGAGACACACUAGUGACUGAGCGACAUAACGUCCACGAAAUUCAUCCCACAGUUGGGACAGUUACACCUGAACAUGGCUGUAACCGCAGCUAAGACAACCACGAGUUUUGUCUCCACAUCUGCCAAGACCACCACAAUCCCCUUCUUCUCAAUGGACACGAGCACCAGAGACAAUAUCAGCUCCAGGGCAACAUUAAUGACUGUUACCAUAACAACAAACGAGACCAGCUUCAACGCCACCACGUUUCCGGAAGUGCUGAUCGAGGGCUCUGGAAUGGGAAUGGUUCUUGUGCCCUUUGGCAUCAUCACCGUCAUUGGCUUAGCAGUGGCAAUAAUGCUGUAUAUCCGGAAAAGGAAGCGGCUGGAGAAGCUGAGGCACCAGCUCAUGCCCAUGUACAACUUUGACCCGGCUGAAGAACAAGAUGACCUGUUGGAACAAGAACUACUGGACCACGGUCGGGAAGGCAGCCUCACAGGUCCCAAUGCCAAGUUUUGACUAUGGCAUUACAGUAAAAGGCGAACAUGGUAAAGUAUAACCCGAGUGUCUUUUGAACCAUCUCUAAACCUCUUUUUUUCCUCACAAUCCCCAUUCUCAUUAAGGCUAUCAUCACUUCUGUAUCUCAAACCAAAAACUUGUAGCUUAUAUAGACAAUAUCAUUUUCUAAUCUGUCUUUAAGUCAAAUCUCACAGUGGACAUACACCAGCACCCUGAAAAUCAUUACCCUUGAAUUUACAUCAGUCUUUUCUUUCACAUCUUUUCCUUUGUGAUCCCUCAACUAAACACAUCAAACAUUCAGAUGCCACAUGUAUGAACAGCAAAUAAGUACAAAACGUUGUUAUUAAAAAAGAAAUCAAAUGUCAUAGGCCACUAUUACACUAGUACACUAGUACUGAAGAAAAAAAACCCCAUUUAAGUUCAGUUUUAUUUUAUUUAUUUGAGUGUGAAAAUUCAUUUUGACAGGAAGGUCACAGUCCACUCACAAGCUUCUGCCAAAGCUUUUAAACUGUAUCUCACAUGUGAUGACAACUGAACCUAAUCCAUUACAAGACACCAAACUCAAUGAUGAGAACCAUGAAGUGGUUAAAAGGUCUGGAAAAAACCUCAGAGUGGAUCUUAAGAGUUAAGAUUCUUUUAUUGUCAAACCCUAUUUCUGACAUGCAUUGCAUAGUGAGACAGUGUGUCCAGCCGCACAAUGAUCGGUAAUCAACGAAUUUUAGCAUCACGUUUAUUUUUAUACUUAUACUUGAAUUUAUAAAUAUAUCUAGCCACAUAAAAAUUCUACAUGUAUGCUAAACAUAUUGGAAAAUUUUAAAUAUAAGUUGCACGUGCUGGGAUAACAAGCUGUUAACAAUGCUUUUUCUUUUUAUCUAACAGUUAAAGGAGUCACCAAGUUAUAAUAACAUCACUAAAGUUUAUCUCUUAUUUGUCCUGCUGCAGACUCUCACAACCUCCCAGGGGACCACACAAAGGCCCAGUCGUCUGGUCUUCACAGAUGUAGCCAAAGCUCUCAACGCUUAACACUUCUCUUCCAUUAGUUUAUUUCAGUGUUCGGUGCCCACGAGCCUCACUGAGACAUAGACUUGUCGCUCAGGAAGGAAACCAGGAGGGAAAACUGGACUGUUUUUUUGGGAACAACUGGAGCUGUGGUAAAGGUUUUUAAUCACUGCAACUUUGUAUGUGAAAUGGCGGUGGUUUUAAAAGUACAUUUUGGGUGCAUGUAUGUAUGAAAGGGGGCACGAAGGGAAGCAUCACAUGUGAUCUUGCACUGUUAUCAUUUGGCGCACAAAGGCAUUGCGAUGCACUUUUCUUAAAAAUCUUGUUUUGUCACUGUUGUCGAAAUGUUUGGUAGCUUUUCGGUGAAGUUCCUCAGAGCUUCGAUAUCUACUUCCAUGUGUGAAAUGAAAGGAGUGUAAAUUUGUGCUUUUUUCUGAUUUUGACAAGCUUGAACACUAGAUGUGUCACCAUGCCCGAGUGACCUGCCCCAUUCAUUCUGUUUUUCUUGAGUAAUGAAGGACUGAUUCUGUCUGUAUGCAUUAAAACUAUUUAAGCCAA